GGAUCCUCAAGAGGAGAAGAUUAUAAAAACUCAGGUGCAUCGCUCCUGAGCUCACACACGCAGCUUUCUCAGUUGGACUUGCUUUCAAACAAAUCACACUUUACUCUUCUCAGUUUGGAGUUCCUUGACAAGACGGCGUUAAAGAGAACCGAAAAUUGAAGUUGAUGGAAGUUUGCUGAUAUUCCAGGAAAGUGGGAGGUGGUCUCAGACAAAGUUGCCUUAGAGAUGAGUUGGGUUCCUCUGUACACCCAGCUGGGCGGGGUGAACAAACACUCCACCAGCCUGGGGAAGAUCUGGCUGUCUGUCCUCUUCAUCUUCCGUAUCACCAUCCUGGUACUGGCUGCAGAGAGCGUGUGGAGAGACGAGCAGGCUGACUUCAUCUGCAACACCCAGCAGCCUGGCUGUAAGAACGUCUGCUACGACCACUUCUUCCCAGUGGCACACAUCCGCCUCUGGUGCCUACAGCUGAUCUUCGUGUCCACGCCGGCCCUGCUGGUGGCCAUGCAUGUGGCUUACAGGAAGAGUGGGGACAAGCGGCACAUCAUCGCGGCCUCACGAAGCGGUGGUGAUGACAAGACCAGGCAGGUGGACCUGGAGACUCUAAAGAGGCGGCGUCUGUCCAUCACUGGGCCUCUGUGGUGGACGUACACCUGCAGCCUGUUCUUCCGCCUCAUCUUUGAGGCUGGCUUCAUGUACGCAAUCUACUUUGUCUACGACGGCUUCCAGAUGCCUCGUCUGGUGAAGUGUGAGCAAUGGCCCUGCCCCAACAAGGUGGACUGCUUCAUUUCACGACCCACGGAGAAGACCAUAUUCACCAUCUUCAUGGUGGUCUCCUCUGCCAUCUGCAUGGUGCUCAAUGUGGCCGAGCUGGCCUACCUCAUCACCAAGGCCCUGAUGAGGUGCUCCAACAGGACUUCCAAGAGGAGUUCCUCUGGUCAUGUGGCCAUGGACAAGUCUCUACUACAGAAUAAAACGAAUCAGAUGCUGCUGUCGUCUGUUACGGAUUCCUGCAGCAACAAGACUGUGUGAGGACAGCCCAGUGCCUGUUCUUUUCCAUUAGAGACUACACAUAACUAGGGAGUAGAAAUCUAUCAGUGUUUUGUUACCAUGAGAUGAGACCAUACUUUUAUUCCAGAUGCCUGUAGCAGCUGAGGACCGGCCUAACCCUGAGUCUGCAGAGGAUGUAGAGGAUAUUUCUCUCUCAGUGCCCUAAACUACUUUUUGAGUUUUAAAAGUUAACGUGCUAGAAUUUAAUGUAUUAUUGUUAUUGAUAUCAAUUUAAGGUGCUUGUAUGUUUGAGCUGUAUGUCUGUUCAGGGAGUGGUAGGUUGAACAGAAGUGAAAAAUGGGUCUAGAGUGCCACCUUCUGGUUUACAAUGUGUUUGCAGGAGAUUGAUGUUUUAUUGUGGAGAGCAACCAGAAUUGGUUAACAUUGUGUUCAGCUUUUGUGGGAGACUUUUCCAAAGCAGAAACUCAAACGUGCAGUUUUGCUCCAAGUUCUAUUUGAGGAUCACCCGUGUACACAUAUCUGCCUGCAUUCUAACAGUGACGAGUGGAAUUUCUCAAGUACCAAAGCAAUUUUAAGAUGCAGUGCCUUAAGAGAGUCGCUAUCAGCAGUGUCAAAUAGUACCUGAUGCUGUAUAUUGAGCACAAUGUUUCAGAGAAGAUGGCUGAUCCAGUUGAACAUUCUGGGAAGGUUUCCUGGACCCAGAUGAAGCCUAUGCCUAGACUAGAAGGCAUGCUCAAUUAGGAAUAUUAAUUGUAAAGUGCUUUUUGGUCCAAGUGUAGGCUUAAGCUAGGUCCUGGAAACUGGCCCUCUGAGCAUGCCAACUGUGACAGACAUGGCCUAUUGUUGUCGAGACUGGUGGUAAACCUGGCUACAGAGCCUAACUGGGGGUGUUGUCUUUCAGCUUGCUGCUUAUUUUAGCCACUGAACUAAUCAGUGUACCUCUUUCAAUGUGAGUAAGCAGACUGAUCUACAGGCAAAAAUGGCUUAAUGUGCUCCGUCCACACAUACAUGUAGAAGUUGGAACACCAUAACUUGUAUCACUGUAGUGACAAUCUGACUGUUACCUGGGAAGACAUAAGGACACUUUUACCAGUGAGAUGCAUCCCACACAUUUUGUGAUGGCUCAUGAUUUGGACAUUGUCAUGGAAAGCAAACCGUAGGCUAACUUUCUCUCAAUAUUCAGUUGAGGCGCUAUUUGUAUUGUGAUUUUUUGUUGUUGUUGAGGAAAUACCAAAGGAUAUCUGUAAAUGCAACAUUUUGAAAGCCUCAUGGUCACACUUCAGCAGUUAGAAAGCUGAUAGAUAUGCCCUAACUGCAUAUUAUUUGAAGGAUGUUUGAUUUGUAUUUUUUUAUUAGCUAUCUAAACAUUAGACUGUUUAAUACAUUUUUUUUAAAUGAUACUUAUUCCUUUCACACUGUUGGACUAUCGGUUGUAAUAACAAUGAUUGAUUGCAUGUGCAUCAACCUCAGUCACUAGGAUGCGCUUCUCUGGACAACCAAGAGAGGGCAGGAGGUUACUGAUAUAGGUUUUGGGGUGGGUGACUGCAUUUGCAGUGUAACUUUUGAUAGCCAUAUGACAAGUAAGUUCAUUUUAUUCUAGUGAAGUGUAUAAUCAUAAAUACCUAAAUCACAUAUUUUAUUUGACAGGCCUAUGUUCUCCCCAGCUUUCCUACUGUAUAGGCCUACUGUAUUGUCAAAAUCGCCUAAUUCAGCCACUAUAGUAGGCCAAAGGUCAGAUGUAAAAGAAUGAACGCAGAACCCACUUUUCCGGGAUAACAUACACCCCCAGACUGCAUAGCCUAUAGUUGAAGCUUGAGCGAUGAAUAAAAAUAAAAAAGUUUACAGGGGCGUGGCGUGCAUUGGUCCAGGGUGAUGACUUUCUGAAUUCAUUCAUGCAUGGUCACACAAUGUGACAGUCGCGAUAACUGGGAACUGGAGGGAGCUGCCCUUCGCGGAAACCCAUUUCCAAGUUAAAUUUGCCUCGGAAAAACGAACUUUCCUUGCGCAAGUUUGGCGGCGAAUCCACGUGUGAAGAAGUUUGCGCAUGAAUAUCUUGGCCUGGCUGCGUUUAAAAGAGUUUGGUAAGCUGGCAGAGGUGCCAGAAUUUGGGGACAGGGGGAGAGGGGAGGUUACCAGCUUCCUUGGGAGGUCUGUAGGCUAUCCGACGCACUCAAAAUAUGGCACCAAUGGCAGACGGAUAUUGCUUUCGAUAUUUAAGUUGGGCUUCCCCAGUUUAAGGUAUGAUUGAAGUUAGGUGUGAAUAUCUUUCCCGGCACUGUCGUCCUAGACCGUGAUGCUGGUAACUUAUAUAUAAGCACAUUUUAUUUAAUGACAAUGUUGAGUGUGCCUAUUUUAAUUAUUAUAAUAUAGGGUUACUACUGUAAUAUAUAAUCAGGAUUAAAUAAUAGGAUAAAGUUAUAGGGAUGCUUAUUAAAAAGAGCCAGUGGACGGACACAAGGCCUAUCCUGCACCCUUUGUAAGUAACUGACGGCUAUCUGAACAUGAUCAAAUUAAUCAAUAUUACUUAUUUAAUGUUAAACAAAACCUUCAUAAAACAUCUGAUAUUGAAUGUAUUCGAUUUGUAUAAACUGAUGAGACAUUGUCUGGACUGAUAUACGUGUUUAGACAAAACAAACAAAAAUAACAUGCAGCUUCCAACCUUAUCAGAUAUGGUAUUCUAAUCAUGUAGUCUUUAUACUAGCCUAAUAAUGGCAGUGAUAAUGCAAAUACAAAUAUAUGAAACAUA